GAAAUAAAGCAAUGCUGGGUUCAGCAUUGCGCAGAGUCACCAGGCUCUGCUCUUCUUCUUCUUUCUCCUCCUUUAUCAUCUUUAACAACGCCACUAACACUACCUCAAGCAGGCUGCUUCUUCUGCCUCAUUAUCAACAUUUUUCAACUGCAACAACUGUGCCAGCAAUCCAUGAAACCAGCAGUUUGAGGAACAAGCUGUACAGAGACACACGAGCAAGACGACGAGUAGUCCGACGUCGUUUCGUUAAGAAAAGUAGUAAUGUUACGACAAAUACUUAUGCAGCAAUCGAGCUGGCUUUGGAUUCGGUGGUGAAGGUUUUUACAGUUUCCAGAAGCCCCAAUUAUUUUCUUCCUUGGCAGAACAAAUCCCAACGAGAAACUACUGGUUCAGGAUUUGUUAUUCAUGGAAAAAAGAUUCUAACAAAUGCUCAUGUGGUGGCGGAUCAUACAUUUUUGAUGGUAAAAAAGCAUGGUGGUUCUACCAAAUAUAGAGCCCGAGUUGAAGCUGUGGGUCAUGAAUGUGACUUGGCUAUUCUUGUUGUUGAGAAUGAAGAAUUUUGGGAGGGUGUGACAUUUUUAGAGCUGGGAGACACUCCAUUUCUUCAACACGCUGUUGCUGUUGUUGGAUAUCCUCAAGGUGGUGACAACAUUUCAGUAACUAAAGGAGUUGUUUCGAGGGUUGAACCAACCCAAUACGUCCAUGGUGCUACUCAACUGAUGGCUAUACAGAUUGAUGCAGCUAUAAAUCCUGGCAAUAGUGGUGGCCCGGCAAUUAUGGGCAAUAAAGUUGUUGGUGUCGCUUUUCAAAACCUUUCCGGUGCUGAGAAUAUUGGCUAUAUUAUUCCUGUUCCAGUUAUAAAGCAUUUUAUAAUUGGUGUUGAGGAAAAUGGGAAAUAUGUUGGAUUCUGUUCUUUGGGACUAUCGUGCCAAACCACUGAGAAUGUUCAACUUCGAAAAUUCUUUGGAAUGCGACCCGAAAUGACUGGAGUACUUGUGGACAAAAUUAAUCCUCUAUCAGAUGCCCAUAAAAUCUUGAAAAAAGAUGAUAUUGUUCUUGCAUUUGAUUCUGUGCCUAUAGCAAAUGAUGGGACAGUUCCUUUUCGUAACAGAGAACGGAUAACAUUUGAUCAUUUGGUGUCUAUGAAGAAACCCAAUGAGAAAUGUUUAGUUAAAGUCUUGAGAGAUGCCAAAGAGCAUGAAUUCAGUAUCACACUACGACCUUUGCAACCUCUAGUUCCAGUGCAUCAAUUUGAUAAGAUACCUAGCUAUUACAUAUUUGCUGGACUGGUUUUUAUUCCGCUUACCCAGCCGUAUCUUCACGAGUAUGGAGAAGAUUGGUAUAACACUUCCCCACGUAGAUUGUGUGAACGUGCACUGAGAGAGCUGCCUAAAAAGGCUAGUGAACAACUCGUUAUUCUUUCUCAGGUACUGAUGGAUGAUAUCAAUGCCGGGUAUGAGCGUUUUGCAGAAUUACAGAUUAAGAAGGUCAACGGAGUGGAAAUUGAAAACCUGAAGCAUUUAUGCGAACAAGUCGAAAACUGUAGUGCAGAGAGCUUGAGGUUUGAUUUGGACGAUGACAGGGUAAUUGUAUUGGACUAUCAAAUGGCAAAAAUCGCCACAUCUAGAAUUCUAGAACUUCACAGAAUACCGUCUGCAAUGUCCAGUGACCUUGGAGAUGAAGAGAACCCAGGAAUUGAGUUGGCCUGCACAAGCUGAAUUGUCUUCAGAAUACAGUUGCAAAAAACAAACACCGACAAAGUAAAAUUUUGGUAUUGUAAUCGAGUCAGUAGUAGCUUUUACUCAUAGUUACAUAUUGAUCUAGGAAUAGCAUUAUUUCUAUGUCAACAUUACCAUGUUUGAGGUAUACUUUCAAGGAGAUACCAAUAACAACAAUCUAUAGUCAGGGUUUACAGAAUUCUUACUUCCAUGUGUUGGAAGUAAUUUAGGAAAUAUAAAACAUAGAAGUCUCAUUAGUUUUUGUUCAUCGUGUUUGAACUAUUAUUUAUUGCUUUAAUCCGAGUUAGAUUUUCUCUCGAUCAA